AUGGAGGCGGCGGAGCUGCGGGAGCUGCGGGCGCUGGUGGAGCGGGCGGGCGGGCGGCGGGCGGUGCUGCUGGUGGCAGAGGUGGCGGAGGGCGCUCCGGCGGCGGCCACGCUGGCGACGUUCGCCCGGGAGCUGCUGGGUGACGAGGCUCCGCCGGGAUCGGGGGUGGGGCCGGGAUGCCGGUCCCGGUCCCGGUGCCGGCGGCGGGCGCUGGGGGCUCGGCUCCUGCUGGUGCUGUGCCGCGGAGGAGCGGCGCGGGGCCGCGGGAGCCGUGCGCGGCUGCGGGAGGUGGUGCGGGACGUGCGGGGCCGUUUGCCCUCGGGGCCGCCGCCCGCCGUCGUCGGCGUUCUUUUGCCCGGUGGGGACGGGGAGGACGCGGCGGUGCUGGACGCGACGCUGCGGCGGCACUUCCCGGCGGCGGGCACCGUGCAGGCGGCGCGCUACAGCCCCGGGAGCCCCGCAGCGCUGCGGGAUUGCCGCACCGCCGCCUGCCGAGCUCUGCGGGCCGCCCUGCAGCACCCCGCAGAGGAGGAGAAAGAGAGGGGUAGGUGGAGGCUGCCUGCCUUCCUGCAGUGCAUCUCUUGGAGCCAGAGGAGCCGGAGGAGCCAGAGAAAAGGCCACGCGUCAAAAGCUGCAAACAGUGUUCAUGAAGACAACCUGCAGGACCCCCAGGAGGUGGCUCUGACCAGUCUGUCUCCCAAUGGAAACUAUGAAGACGCUGCUGGAGGUGUGGGCACCUAAAGCUGCGGGUGCCUGAUGUGAUCCCUGUCCCGGUCCUGCCUGGCUGGUGGGGAGCAGCGGGAGGAGGAGCAGCGUGAGCCUCCAAGCUCCAUGCCAGAGCCACCCCCUGCCCGUGGGGCUGUGCUGGUGGACACCGGGCUUUGGAGAAGCCCUUUGGGAAUGUAUCCUCCAUCCUGGGCAAGGUGACGUGGGGACUUCAGCUUCCAUCUGCCUGAACAAAGGGAAAUGAGCAAAGCUCCCUGCUGAGAUUGCUAGAGAUGGCCUCCCAGGCAAACGGAUUCUGCUGCCUUAUUUUUCUGUUUUAUUGCUUUAUUCUGAAGCUGCCGACCUCUCUCUGAUCAAGGAAAAAAAGAAAAAGACCAAUAAUGCAGUGGCUUGGAGACUGCAGUGGGACUAAGUAUGACGUCUUGUAACCACCAGCCAACUGAAAAGCUUGGAUAUGUAUGAAUAAUGUGAAGAAAUGCAGUUCUGGACAGCAAGAAUAACACAAAAGACACUGAUAUUCCUGACAGCUGGAUCAGGGGGUGGUUCUGAGAGCAGGAUGUGUCCCUUUGUCCUGUCACAGUGCUCACAGACUGACCAACAUGCUGUCCAUGCUGGAAGGAGGCAAAAAGGACUGCGGCGUGCAUGGUGCUAGAUGGGGUAUGGCACAGGUCCACCAUACCUGGGACAUCUCCACAGCUGUGGUGGCAGCUCCUGGACAUGCCCCGCUGCAUUCCUCUCAAUGUGAUGGGGCAGCUUCAUAAAUUGAUAUAAAUGUUUAAACAUCACCUAUUUAAGCAGUUCCGAAGGGCUGCACGUGGUCUGUGGGGCAGCACGGAAUCAUAGAAUCACAGAGUGGCUUGGGUUGGAUGGCACCUCAAAGAUCCUCUGGUUCCAAACCCCUGUCAUGGGCAGGGUUGCUUCAUGGGGAAUAUUAUCAAAAUGCUCAAAUACCUUUUCUAACUCUUUUUUUAAUGCAACAUAAAGCAGGUCUCGUUUUGUUUUUCACACAAACUGCUGGGUUUUGUCUGUGCCUGGCCAUCCCUCUGGAGUUCCCCUCAGCUCAGGCAGAAGCUCCAGCCCCUCGUGUCCUGCACCCCCACUCCCCACUGAGUCGCAGUGGUGCAUCCUAGAAUCACAGAACUGAGUUGGAAGGACCCUCAAAGGCCAUCUGGUCCAACCCCCUGCAAUGCACAGGGACA